UUGAUGACUGGCCGUGCAAAACGUUUUGCGGAAAUAACAACGACAUUUUCGUACGAUCAAUUCAAAAAGGCAUUGUUGGAUGAAUACAAACGUGCAUACACCGUGCAAGAUGUUUUUCGCCAAUUGAAAGCACGCACAUUGAAACCAGAUGAAACACCACGCGAAUACAUCGUCGAAAUGCAAUACAUUGCGAGCCGAUCGAACAUUCCAGAAACCGAUUUAAUUGAUUUGAUCAUCAGCGGCCUGAACGAUAAAAGUGUUCACGCAUCAAUUUUGUACAGUGCUCGUACAUUGGCCGAACUGAAAAUGUUGAUGGAACGUUAUGAAAAAUUACGCCGUGCCUCAGUGCAACCAAGAUCAAGUGCCAUGCCAGCUGCAACAAUGAAACAGAAGCCAUACGUGCCAGAUGCCAGUGCAAAUACACGUGCCAUUGCAAGUGCCAGCGGUAGUGCACCGAAAAGUGUUGGUGAAAUUGAUUUGUCGGGAAUUCGUUGCUACAACUGUUUCAAUUAUGGGCAUUACCAGAGCAAGUGCACGGCUCCAAAACGACCACCAAAUUCGUGUUUCAUAUGCCAUGAGGUCGGUCAUACACGUCAUGAAUGCCCGAAAAAGAAGAAGCCAGAAGCCAGUGAACCAAAUGCGGUCGCAACGGUUGGAAAUCCGCCACCAGAAACAAAUUACCAAGACAAUUGGGACAUCGCAGAGGAUGAGAACGAAGUACGCCGUUUAGCAACGCAGUUGUCAUCGAUGCAAAUGGUAAGUGUUGCCUUUAUGAAUAAACAAAAUAAGUGCACUGAGUUAAUUUCGAAAAAUGCUUUAUUUGAUUCGGGUAGCCCCGUUAGUUUCGUGAGACGUUCGAUGGUACCAUUUGCGAUGAAUAAAUUAAAAUGUACACCGUAUCGUGGAAUGGGCAAUAAAAAACUAAAUAAUGAAGCCGUGGUACCUUUACUUGUGGGCCGUGAUUUAUUAACAAAAUUAGAGGUCUAUUUAUGCCAAAUGAAAUCAUACAAAUACACAGCCUGCGAGCUAAUUAAAAUUAGAA